CAGUCGCGCUCACAGCGUACGUCCAACCGGAAGCUCAACACAAGCCUCGUUCGCUCGCUCGCUCGCUCGCUCCAUCUUGUUGCCCUAUGCGUGCUUCCCCAUUCCAAUCAGAAACCAACAGCAACAAUAACAACAACAAGAGCGCGCUCUGGUGCCAAAACUUUGGCAAUUCGAGUUGUGAAUUCAGUUUAAACUUGAACGUUUAUACGCGAAAAUGCAGAAUUGCCGUGUGCGGCGUAAAAUUGUGAAUGCGUUGAAAAGCCGUCGCCAAUUGUGAAUUCGUUAUGCAAAUGAUGUGUCUCUAAACUGUGCAGCGUAUCUCUAAACACACUUGUAUCUGUAUCCGUUUAUGCUGCGGUAUCUGUAUCUGUAUCUCGAUCGGUGUAUCUGUAAGUGUCGUGUCAUUUAUGUCACAGCGCACGCACUGAAAAACGGAAUUCGAUUAAAUUUAUGUGCACUCGCAUUUCAAUAUAAAUCGCAUAGUUUAGCAAAGCGAACAAAACGUUUGCUGUCGAACAAUAAAUGCGUUUUAAAAGCAAUUAAAAUUCGUAUAACAAAAAUACACAAAAAAGGCUAUAAAGAAUAAUAACCCACUUGAUAUACGUUGGCUCAUUUGAAUACAACAAAUAACAAAUAAACGACAUCCAUUGGAACGAAGCUCGGCAUUAUCAAGCUACUCGACCUCGGAUCAGCAGUCAACGCGUGACUAUCCGCAGUUGAGCGGCGACUACCACAACGUGCAGCUGCAGGUGGCCGCCGUCGCUGCCAGCUCCAAGAUGUACCAUAGCAGCAGCGCCGCUGCGGCUGCCGCCUACACUGAUUUGGCUGCAGCUGGAGGUGCCGCCGGCGUCUCUGGCUACCAUCACCAACAGGCGGUGAACGCGCCAGUAUAUGUGCCCUCCAAUCGCCAAUAUAAUCACGUAGCGGCGCAUUUUGGCAGCGCUGCAGCCGCCCAGAACGCGUGGACAACGGAUAGCUUUGGAUCGGCACAUGCGCAGCUGCCGGCGCAGUUCUACACGCAAAACGCCGCCGUCAUGAUGGCGCCCUGGCGAAGUGCCUAUGAUCCAACUGGCUUUCAGCGCUCCUCUCCUUACGAGAGCGCCAUGGACUUUCAGUUUGGCGAGGGGCGCGAGUGCGUCAACUGCGGCGCCAUCUCCACUCCACUUUGGAGACGUGAUGGCACCGGCCACUAUCUCUGCAACGCUUGCGGCCUGUAUCACAAGAUGAACGGCAUGAACCGGCCACUGAUAAAGCCCAGCAAGCGACUGGUGAGUGCAACCGCCACACGUCGCCUAGGCCUUUGCUGCACAAAUUGUGGCACUCGCACCACCACACUCUGGAGACGCAACAACGACGGGGAGCCCGUGUGCAAUGCCUGUGGCCUCUACUUCAAACUGCACGGCGUCAAUCGGCCGCUGGCGAUGCGCAAGGAUGGCAUUCAGACGCGCAAGCGGAAGCCCAAGAAAACUGGCAGCGGCUCCACAGCGGGAACUAACUCGGGAUCGGGCUCAACCACAGAGGCCAUCAAGGAGUGCAAAGAGGAGCAUGAUCUCAAGCCCACGCUUAGCCUGGAACGCCACGGUCUGAACAAGCUGCAUACGGAGUUGAAGAGCAGCAGCCUCAUGGGCCAGCAUCAUAGCCAGCAGCCGCAGCAGCAGACGGUGCCGUCACAUCAACAAUGCUUUCCACACUAUGCCCAGCAGCAACAGCAGCAGCAACAACAGCAGCAGCAACAGCAACAGCAACAGCAACAACACCAGCAUCAGCAGCUCAGCCACCAAUCACAGUUAAGUGCAAGGCAGUUGCAUGCAGCCAGCUCGCAGCUGUAUACGCCCGGCAGCAGCUCCGCGGCCUCUGCGUAUACGACGCACAGCAGCAAUGCGCCGGACACGCCCACACUGAGCAACGGCACGCCCUCGCCGCACUACCAACACCAUCAUUUGGCGAGCAGCUCGCACGGCCACCACGCCACGGCAGCCCAUCAUCAUCUGCACGCGGCAGCAGCUGCUGCGGCGUAUGGAGUGAAGACAGAGGCAAGUGCCACUAAUUACGACUAUGUGAACAAUUGUUACUUUGGCGCUUCGUUUGGUGCUUUGGGCGGUGCUGCCUCGUCGGCAAUGGCUGGUGGGGCGAGCGGCGAUCUGGCCGGCUAUCAUCAUCAGCACAAUGUCAUCCAGGCCGCCAAGCUGAUGGCCACAUCCUGAACGGAAGCGAUCUCUGUGAUCUCGUACCCACACAGCGCACAGCAGACACCAUCGUUGGAGCUUCGUUGGAAUCAUAUUGAAAAGACUUUGAAUUAGUUUUAAAUAAGUUGCAAUUAGUUCUCUUAUGUAAUGCCUGUAAAUAACUGCACGAAAGUUUUGUACAAAUAUUUGUUUAUAGCUUCGUUCCGUUUCAUUUAAGUACCCAAAUAGGCUAAGGUUUAGCUACUACUAUGUAUCAAUUGUAAAGUGUUUACAUUAUUCUUUCUCUAAUUAGCAUAAAUUAUCCAUAUAGAAAAAAGCACAUCCAAUCAUAGAUCACUUAGCCAUAUGACUAGUAUACUACCCAUAAGUCCAUGCAUAUUACCAUUUAAAUAAAAAUUAACUUAAACAUA